GCGCCCAAUGCCCGUCGCCCCGCUGGAUGACGUCAUCCCCCUCCGCCUCCUCCGACGGCCAGUGCCGCGGGGGCUGCCGGGGGCGCACCGUGCGCCGACUGCGUCUGCGCGAGCCAUCUGGAGGCUGGAACCGCGUAGCCGCUGCGGGCCAUGGAAAGAGUGUCUUGGAAUAGUCAGCCGACAGGUACAGGCGGCUUUCUCGAAUUGUGUUAAGGGCCAGGGCGCGACACCCCUGCGUCUUUAAGGGCUUCAGACUUGGCUUCUGCGGCCGGCUGGACUCGCUGCUCGUAGGCCUGGACCCUUCCCACUGCUGAACCAACGGGAACGCGGUACCUCCGUGAAUCUGCCAAUAGAGAGCGCUCGGCCGUGGGCAGGCGGGGCCUCUGAGUCUUCCAGCAUCUGAAGCCCAGCACCUGACUGGUCCUGUCCUCAUGAGACCUGUGGGUCAUUCCUUAAAGACCUUAAGUUCCUGUGUCUCGCCCCUGCCUUCUCUUGGUCUGAAUGUCUCCACAGCAGCUGUAAGUAAUGAAUGGAACAAAUGCUUUGUCUGUUGAGUGAGACUGGUGCAGUUCUGUGCACAGGAGCUGAGUCCAUCAGGAGCAGGCCGUCUGAGCUGUAUCUGUCUUCUGUAAGGAGUGGGACAGGAAGGAGUCCAUGGGAGCUCAGCAAAGAGUGGAGAUAUGGGCUUUAGCCAGAAAGCUCUGAUUGCUUGCUCUGUGGAAAGCCCUUUUAGGGCACCCUCUUCAUAUAAGCACCUGCCAUCUACCCCAUGAGUCACCUUGAGAAACAUGCCACCAUCAGGAACAGAACCCACACCAAGCCUAGUGACUCAGAGUCUCCCACCCAUCCAGAACAAGGAAGAGACAGAAGUACCAGAUGCCUGAUCCAGCCCUUGGAGGAGCUUCCCUAAGCACAAAGCUGGCAGCUGGUGCUUUCCUCAUCAGGGAACUUCUGCCCUCUGCUGGUCGAGACAGGGGAAACAGCUCAGUGCCACCUUGAAAUCCUGGAAGAGACCAAGGCUAACCCUUUUCCCGUGCUGACUAUUGAAGCUGAUGUAUCAAUGCUUCCAUUCCCUGAACUGACAAAGUUUCCUUUAUGAAGCAGAUUUAAGCGUCAGCUUCCUCAGGUCGUUUCUCCAUUGCCUGUCUCUUCGGAUUCAUCACCACUAUGCGUCAUGCUUCAGGUUUAGGUCCUGCUGGGAAAAUGUCAGAUGAAUUUUUGUUGGCAUAUGUGAGCAACAUAAAAGCUGGCCCGGCUCCUCAAGGCUGGCUAGGCUCCGGUCCGCGGAGUAACCUGAGUGCUCCACCAGCUGUGCUGUCUGGACUCCCACUAAGUGCAGCACCCUCUGCCUUGCCUUUUCGGCCAGCACCAACAGGACUGUAUCCCUCCAUUCCUCCAACUGGGCCACCACCAGGAACCCCGGCAUCCUUUUUUCCCCCUGGACCAUCAUGUCCCCAGCCUAGUGGUCCUUAUCCAGCCCCUGCUGUACGGGGCCCUGGUCCCACAGGGCCGUAUGCUACACCAAAUAUGCCCUUUCCAGAGCUACCUAAGCCAUAUGGUGUACCCACAGAUCCAGCUGCAGCUGGUUCUUUAGGUCCGCGAGGAUCUGUGUCUUCUGGACUUUGGGCAUCAGGAAUGGGAGGGCAGCAUCCCACAGCUCUUCCUCCAGUGUCAGGAGCACUGCCUGUUCCAUGGGGUACUGUGCCACCGGAAGCCUGGGGACCACCAGCACCAUAUACUGCCCCUGCAGGAUCGUACCCCACACCAGGACCCCGUUCUACUCCAAAUAAUCCAUACCAAGUACCUCCAGGACCUUCUGAUACUCCGCCAGUGCCUGGUGGCCCCGGUAAAACGAGUGAAGUGCCAGGUGGCCCUUCCCGUCCUGAGGCAUCUAACCAGGAGAGCACCCCAGAGACCACUGGACAAACGAAGCAACCGAAGGUAGAUGACAAACUCAUCAAGAGGAGGCGUCCUAAGAAGAAGAGUAAGCCAGUAACUUGGGGAGACAUCAAGACUUUAACUCAUGAAGCUGAGACCUUGGGGAAACAACAAGGGCACAAUACUACUGACCCAAAAAUGAUGCUGUUAUGUUUAAUGACUAUAUUACAUGUUAAUUCUCAGCGUAGCAAUGCAGAAUCAAAGUGAUUUUUGUCAGUGGGGAUAAAAGGCACACCUGUAAUACCUGUAAUAAACAGUAUGAUGUUGUUUUGCCAAAACAAAAAGACCAAAACAAACAAACAAAAAAAACCCACUACCACCAGUCAA